AUGAAUCCUGUACAGGAAACCAGUGAGACGCAAGUUCAAGAGAAAUCGGAUCCGGACAGCGAAAUAAUCAAACCGAAAGAUAUGGUUGUCGACAACAAAGGACUUAAAAGCAAAACGAGCUGCCUUCCUUUUAGUGUUGAGUCUCUUAUCUCGAAGAAAACGACUUGUCGGACUGCAUACUCUACGCCUGGAACAGGAGUAGUUUUACCGAAGACUAGUCCGGAGCAAAUGGGGCAAUAUUCGUCAAGGAAUUACUCCGCAGAGACAAGUAAAGUUUCGGUGGAAAGUUUUCCCUCGGCGUCAGAUUGUUUGAAUGACGACUGUGAAGAGUUUAAUGAAAAAGAGCAGAGCACUUGGUACAAGACUUCGUCUUUCUCGUCCCCACCACGCCAACCGAGCCCAACGCCGUGCACCUUAAGAAAACACAAGAACAACAGAAAACCUCGUACGCCCUUUACCACUUCUCAGCUGCUGUCCCUGGAGAGAAAGUUCCGACAGAAACAGUACCUCUCCAUCGCAGAGCGAGCCGAGUUCUCCAACUCACUCAAUUUAACAGAAACACAGGUGAAAAUCUGGUUCCAGAACAGGAGAGCGAAAGCAAAGAGACUUCAGGAGGCCGAGUUGGAAAAAUUCAAACUUGCGUCGAAACCAGUCUUGCCUACCUUUGCUCUACCGUUUCCACUGGCAGCGCACGUAGGGUCGCCAUCUCUUUACGGGACUCCAAGCUCACUUCCACGACCAAGUAUACCGAUGCCUGGACUUUUCGGCGGGCCUGUUACCUAUGGAAUGUAUUAUUUGUCAUAA